AUUUCUCAAGUAUAAUUAUGUAGCUCCAAUUCUCCAAACGCGUCCUUUAAAACCGCGUGGACUUUUCAUAUAUAAAUCCCCCACCCCACGCCGAUCCAGAAACUUUUCUUUUCUGCUGAACCGAAGAAAACCCUAUAAUCUCUUUCUCUGUUUGCGACGACAAUGGCUUCGAGAAACUCCAACGGUACUUCUCUGGGCUCCACGGACGAGGUCAAGAAGAUCUUCAACAAGUUCGACAAGAACGGCGACGGGAAGAUCUCGUGCAAUGAGCUCAAGGACAUUCUCCAUGCGCUCGGCUCGAGGACCUCGUCCGACGAGGUCCAGCGCAUAAUGUCCGAGAUCGACAAGGACGGCGACGGAGUCAUCAGCCUCGACGAGUUCACCGACUUCCACCUCGCCGGAUCGUCAUCGGACGAUUCGCUUAGUUAUACCAGGGAGCUCCGCGACGCGUUCGACUUGUACGACCUCGACAAGAACGGGCUGAUCUCAGCCAGUGAGCUCCACGCGGUGCUCAAGCGGCUGGGCGAGAAGUGCACGCUCGUGGACUGUAGCAAGAUGAUCAGUGCCGUUGACGUCGACGGCGAUGCUCACGUGAAUUUCGAGGAAUUCAAGAACAUGAUGAAACGUGGUUAGGUCUCGGAACCAAAGCAGUGCACAGAAGAUCACCGGCAGUGUGUGGAUUGCAUUGGGCAGCAUCGUUGUAGAGGAUCUGGAAUAUGGAAUGGUGUUUUGAUGCUAUUUUGAAAAGCAGGAGGAGUCUAGAUAACAUUAAGAACCACCGUUAUUUUCUGUAAUUCUGAAUCAAUGCACUCCAACCUAUCCCCGUGAAGAUUCAAGAACCUCCAGAUCUAGAAGUUCUAGAUCUAGAGGUUCUUGCCUUCUCUCAUUUUCUCUCCCCUUUUCUCUAUUGUCCACCAAAUGUUGAAACAAGACAAAGAUAUAGUAGAACAUGAUAAGUCUUCCUUACUUUUGGGUAGACGUUUGUGGGCAAAGAGAUAGAGAGUAAAAACAUAUAUGAAGGCACAAGUUUCUUUGCAAAUUGCAAGAUUCAAGAACUUCCAGGCAUUUUCUCUC